AUGGAAAACAGUAAAUUGAAAAUUAUUUGUAAACAAUUGGAAGAAUAUUAUUUCAGUGAGAACCAAGUACAAUGCAGAGUAGUAGUAACACAACAAGGAUCGGAAUGUCAAAAUUCAAAACAACACUUUUGGAAGUUAUUAAACGAGUAUGAGAAGGACCUUUUAGAUUUUGUAAAAACAACAACGAUUAAUUCAGAAAAUGCUGAUGUAAUUUUACAAUUUAUAUUUUUCUCUCACUUUUGUGGUUAUCACGAGUUGGUUCGGAAUAUUCUUGAUCAUACCAAUAGGCAAAAUUUGCAGAAUUUACUCGUUUACUCUUUAGGAAAUUACUGUUCAUCAAAUGAAAUAGACAAAUGUGAGCUAUUGCGUACUUCAUUCGUUUCAACAAAGACAUCUCUUUUUGGAUUGACGAACAAGAAAACCAAAGAAUGUAUUAUUGACAGUAUAUUUUCAAAAGGAGAGAAUAGAUUUGUGUUUCGGUUUUUAAAACUCUUUUUCAACGAGGAACAUGAUCUUUCCAAUAUUGACAUUUACUCUGUUUUUAAAUCUAUUCUCAAUAGUGUUAUUGUUUGCAAAAAUGAUGAAGCUAACAACAAACGAAGAAAAACGGGGACAAAUACACCCAUUUCAAGAUAUAACAACUAUAAGUUUAAUUUAAGGGAAAUUAUUUGUUUAAGUGAUCACACCAAAAUUCGUCAGUUUUUACUUGAAACAAUCCUUUCUGUGAUAUUUUCAGAAACAAUGCCGGAGCAAUUGCAACUUCUGUGUCCACCUUUAUUGGAACAUGAGAUUUUAAACGAUGAGGAAAUGCAGACCUACAUGCUGGAAUGGUUUGGAAAAAGAGACACUGCUACCAUCCUGCAAAUAUUUAAUUCUCUUUCUGUAGUGCAGCAAUCACUUUUGAAUGCCAUGAACUCUAGGUCAUCUCUUAUACUCAUCCAAUCACACUCGUUCAAAACCAAAAUUAUGGAACGAUUUUCAAGUAUUUUCUUCUCAGAAGAGGAAAUUUUGUUGAAGAAAAUUGACUCCUCAAACAAUGACAACGAACUCAUUUUGCCCUUGUUAGAAGAAAAGACUGUCCAUGAACUGGUUUCUUUAUUAGAAUGUAGUAUGAGACAUGUGGGAGAAGAUUUAUCUUUGGGCACUUUAUAUUCAGCGUGUUGUCUGAUUCAACGUUUGUGUCACGAUCAUAACACUUCUGAGAGCGAGCUAGAAAGUUUGUUACAAAAGAUACGACUGCAACUGAUGGUAUAUGUUGGUUAUUGUGUGAAAGAAUAUUGUGAAUGCUAUAGAGAAGCAAUACACUCUACAACGACUUUAACCUUGCCACCACCGAAGAUCAUGCGAAAGGACUCAAUUUAUGGUCUACUUUCGCUAGUCAACAAGAUCCCAGGAGUAUUUUUUGACACAUCAACCGGUAGUACUCCUUCUUCCGAUAUUUCCAUGAUGCCUUUACCUCAAACUAUUGCGGAACUACUUUCUAAAAUUUAUUUAUUUACAAAAGUAUUGGAAUAUGAAGGGUGUUGUGAAGUGGUCAAAGACUUGUCUGAAAAAAUUCUUAAACUCAUUGACUAUUCAAACACUGAUCUUAUGAAUAACUAUUUAACCAUUGACGACAUCAAAGAGAUAUUUUCUGCAGCACUAAACAUUGUGUAUUGUAUUGUUAUGGAGCAUGAACAUCCUAUCAAAACACCUGCAACUAAAGAGCAGCGAGAUCUCAUCAAAACAAUUGCAUCUCUAUUUUUAAAAGAGGAAGGAUUAGAUAUUUCAAUAGCAAUUGUCGAUUUUCUCAAUUAUUUAUUAUACACUAUUCACAAGAGAAUAUUUAAGGCCGUUGCACCUCAAGCUCUCUAUUUUCUAUGUGUAUUAAUGAACAAAAUACUUGAGAAGAAUCAACUUCAGAGUUUGGAUUGUAAAACUAUAUAUUCUAUCAUCAAUUUCAUAGGAGCCAUUAUUGAAGCUCAUGCUCACCAUUUCAGUUCAACUCUUGCUCAAGAUACCGAAAACAAAAAGACCCUUUGUUUUCUUUUUAUAGAUGAAUGUCUUAAAGUAGUGGUCUAUUAUUAUUCUCAAGCAAUUCCUUUGUUUGAAAAAGUCAUGAAGGAAUCGAAUUUAAGCCAUCUCUCUCGCUACGAUUUAAUAAUCUCCAUCACUGCUAAUUCUCUUCUACCAUUCUCUUAUUUGCGAAAUUUAUUUUUUAUUAUUUCCUAUGAACAUUCAACAGUUGGCAUCAAAUUAUUGGCUGGCAUGGAAAAGAUGAACCGCAUGGCUGUGGAUUUUUCCAACUAUCUCAAUAGCUUUAUUAGUAUUGCUUCAGAUGCUAAUGGUGCUAAUGGUGGAACAAACAAAAUAGACAUUAACAUUUCAGUGAGUUUAUGUAAAGUCAUUUUUGGAAUAUUUGAACAAUACAUUCAAGCAAAAGACAAGAACACGCUCUCAAGAUUUGAGAAUUGGCCAAAAUUUGUUGACACGACGCUUCAACUCUUUGAUCCUUCCUUAGUGACCGUGUUAAUUUCUUCUCUUCGGAAAGUUUAUUACGAAAUUGUAGAUAUUGACAGCGUGGUAUGGCAUUUAUUGGAAAAACUUUCACUAGGUGACCUUUCUUCUCAUCCUUAUGUCCACUUUUUGGAAGUGUUGGAAAAAACAAACGAACAAGGGGUGAAUUUUAUGACAAAAUAUAACUCAGUCAUUGUGUUGGAGAGGGCCUUUAAAAACACAACACCGUUACUUCUCUCCCAAUCGAGAUCAGACAUGAUUGAUACUGUUCUUAACUUUUGCAAAAAUCAUCGUGUCUUGUACAGAUUAUUAGGACUGGUGAAUGUCAAGGCAGUUGCUGAUGACUUGAAAGAGGAAAGUUUGAUGAACUAUUUCAGUUAUUAUGAAAGUCUAUUAGGAACUCUAUAUCCACUUUUAUCCAUGAUUCCAAUGAAUGAAGAAUAUGCAAUGGAGUUUGUAUCUAGAAGCCAAGUACCCAAGUGCCUCAUUGUCUUCCUUCAGAAUAAUCAAAAGCACAUUAUCAAGAAGCAUCCAAAAUUGUUGGCUUGUAUUUUCAAACUCUAUGAAAAAUCUCUACAAAUAUUUAUCACAUUUGCUAAAUUGAAUCCUACCCAUCAGAAAUUGGAAGAGACAAGGAAUGAUCUAUUCUCAAAGACGUUUGUGUUCAUUGUGAAAUUUUGCUUUGAGAGAAUACAGCCAGCCAAUCAGCAAACAUUCUUUUGGAGUAGACCUGAUGAUGAAGAGAGAGAAGUACCAUACUCUUUUGUUAAUAUUUUAAAAGCCAUUACGGAUGCAGCAACAAAUACAGCAAUCCCAAUCAUUGCUACAUUAUUCAAAGAUUAUCUUCAAACUCUCAAGGAGACCAAUGUGAAAAAUAUUCUUCAAAAUGUUGAAUUGUCAUCAUCAAUGUAUCAGCAGAAAGUGAAGUCCAUACUGUUGAAAUUGUCACCCGAUUCAAACAAACCAUUGACCACAACACUUCCGCAAAUUGCGAAUUCUUCCAAUAUUAGUGCUAGCGCCACUCUCAAGGCAUACUCUAAAUUUCCAUCCUUUGCUAAACCACAAAAUACUGAUCAAGCUCAUUCACCUAUGCAACAAGCUCCGAACGCUGCUCAAAAACAAGUAGCAACAACAGGAACCUCUUUGGUACCAAAGUCAUCCUCACCAAGUAAUAGUGGUACCACUCCUCCAACAACCACUGUGUCGGAUCAAAUAAGCCAGUUUUUGCACCGCCUUCACGACAAGUAUUCCGUCCACCUCCACGAAAGCAAUGAUGAUCUACAACCUGUAAAUACCAUGAAAUUAUUGUUUUCUUUGUAA